CCGAGUGUUGGAGACGGGCAGAGAGACGGGCAGCUCGGGAAAACCCGUCCUCCUCUCGAACAUAAAGCACACCUGUCUCGAACCGGGAGUCCGCGGUGUCUCGGCGCGCGCUGUGCGGCCAUGCGGACAGACCGAGGAUGCAUUACUACUGCAGCCGCACCGGAAUGAGCGCGAGCGGCGGCGGCGGCGGGCCCGGGGCGGGGGGUCCGCAGAGCUGCUGCUGCGGAGGAGGAGGUGGAGGAGGAGGAGGAGGGCUCGUGAACGGAAACGGCGGUGGAGAGAUCACCGAGGCCCGUGCGAUCGGUGAGUGGGAGAGCGCCACCUGUGAUCCCGCCGGCGCGACACGCAGCGCGAGCGCAGACAGCACGGUCACGCAGGAACAACAGGCGGCACGCGGAGACUCCCGGUGCUGCAGACGGAGCGCGGCGCCGGUGAGAGGCGAGGAUCCGCGCGGCUUUAACGCCGAUGGAGAGGGCGGCGGGCCGCGGUGUGCGCGGGGAACCGGGUCCGCGGCGCGGAGAGGCGCGUGUCACACCGGCGAUUGGGAGUGUCGGGACUCCGAAGCGGCGGUCAGCAAACGCCGGGGAUGCAGUUACAGCGGGGCCUCGAAGAGGGCGUGUUUCUCCGGGACGAGCGCGGCGGAGGAGGCGGUGUUGCACUGCGGCGGCUCGGACCCUCACACCGGCUGUGUCCGGGUUACACCGAGACGGCCGCGGGGAGCUGGGGGUGUGAGUGUGACGUGUGAGGUGGAAGGUGCUGGCGGUGUGAUUAACGGAGAGCGGCGCGGCUGCAGGACGGCCAAAGGGCGCGUGAGGCUGUACCGCAUGCGCUCCUUCCUGGCCUCUACCGAGGGAACGAGUGCAGCCGGUGUCCCCGUGACUCCGCUCUCACACCACGGGCAGGGCACGCCUCGAACACAGCAGACACCCCAGCUCAGCCGCGAAGGCGGGUCGGGUAAGGGCGGGUCGGGUAAGGGCGGCCCAGCUGUGAACGGCCGUGCGCGCGCGGGGGCAGCCGCAGCCGGUGAUGCCCCUGGACCGGGGUCGGGGCAGGUCGAGGCGGCCCAAGUGGAGGCCAAGAAGCGGCAGGUGCAGCUCAGAGAGAGAACGGACACGUUGUGGCGCCGCCUCCAGGCAGUGCAGGUGAAACAGGUGGAGCGACACGUCACGCAGCAGCUGGAGGACCUGCGCAGAGCCGCCGUGACCCCGAGCUCGGCCGACAUCCGCCGCCUAACGCGCAGCUGCACUGAGGCUCUGCGCACGGCUGGGGGCGCCCUGGACUCGGACCAGACCGCCAGCAGCUCCGGGGGAGGCAGUGACAGUGAGGAAGAGGAGGAGGAGGAAGAGGAAGAUGAGGAGGAGGAAGAGGAGGAGGAAGAGGGGAGAGGAGGCCGAUCAGGCUGUAUAAGUGGAGACUGGCAGUGGAUGAAGGAGAGGGCGUGGCUAGGGAGUCGGUGGGUGUGGCUACAGGCUCAGGUGUCCGAGCUGGAGUAUGGGAUUCGUGCGCUGACCGAGCUCUACACACACCUCAGGCAGAGAAAGGUUUUACAGUUUAGGGGCGUUCAGUCUGUUCCUGAAACGCCUCUCAGAGCCCCAAGGCACUCUCCUGCACCACCUGACUGCAGGUUCAGGAAGCGUCUGGCAGAGGACUCCGCCCCCUCGUCCCAAACUCCACACAGUCCCACGUCGUCUGCUGCACGGGUUCGUCCGUUACUGCGACAGUGCCAUCACAUGCUUAUCCGCUGGGAGGGAUGUUCUGCGCUCGCCUCCAAGAUGGUGACGUCUCCAUGUCGCUGUGAGCCCCCUGCCGUGUGUGUGUUGUGUGGCCCGCCUCAACCUCCAGCCGCGGAGACGUCCACGCGGACGUAUCAGAAAGGUCUGGAUCAGCGGAUUCAUCCUGUUCUCUCCAUGCCUUCAGACUUCCCCCUCUCGGUGCACUGUGUGAUGCCCCCGCUGGCCGGACGUCGGGUCCACGGUGCUGUGAGAUGGAUGGGCGAAGCUACGUCAUUGUACACGGGAAGGCGUGGUCAGGGGCAGCAUAAGCAUGGGCGAGCGAGAAGGAGGCUCAUAUGUCCUCGUCUGCCAAGCACACUGCCUCUACUCUCCACCACGUCUGGCGGUUCUAACUGCAGGAGUCAGAGGGGUGUGGUCAGCCCAGGCCUCUUUCAUCAGCAACUAGCAGAUCUUUCCCAUCUCCACAGCACCUCUGCACCCUCAGACACGCCCACACAGCCGUUGCGGAGGAGGCGAGGAGAGAGUUCCUUCGACAUCGAUAACCUGGUAAUGCCUCUGGGACUGGCUGGACUGGGAGCACGGGUGCAAAAGCUGCAGUACAAGGAGAUCAUCACUCCCAGCUGGAGAGAGCGGGACUCUGUCUGGGGAAACACUGAGCAUGUGGGCUCAGAUGGUGCGUGUACAAACCACUUGGACACACCACAGCAGCUCAGUAGAGAUGCACAGGAGCAUAAAGCGGAGGUGGAGGAUGUGUCUGACGCUGUGUUUCUAAAGAGGCACGCCGUGUGGGAGAGCAGAGAAAGGAGCCGCUGGGGCAGCUGGGCACGCAGACGCCACAGGGGCAGGUCUGAAGAAGCAAGACGUGCAACAAAGAGACUCAAGAGAGAAACUGAAAAUAAUGCACAAAAGGCAAUCAUGACUCCUGAGUUGCAACUUUUGGAUGUAAGUCUCUUAAGUGCUGUUAAACCUUUUCCAUAUACUUUCCAGUUACCCACGAAGAUCUUGGAAAUGAUACUCUUGGAAGUAAUGCUACAGGAUGGAGAUGCUGCCUACAUGAAUCUUUCGCUUACUUGCAGUUGCUUUAGUGCAGUUGUGAACAGGACCCAGUUCAGACAGAAGGCACACUAUGUAUAGCUUGACCGUAAACAGUCUAUUUUUUUAAAUGUAAUUUUGCUUAUUGUAUUUUUAAAGCUGUAUCAUGGCUAACAAUCCCAGAUGAGUUCUGCUUUGUGUGUAUUUUUGGCUACAGGUGUUGUGAACUGGGAAAAUUGGAGUGAAACAUCAAGGGCUGAAUUAUGAGUGCCUUUUGAAAUGAAAGAAUGUAAAAUGUGUAAAACGUUAUUCAAGACCUGGUUAUUACGGAAUGGGAAACGUGGUUGUCUCAGAGGAUUUUCUGAUGGCACAGAGGACCCAGACUGCUGUUUCACGUGCCAUUAUUCAAUUGGAAGGGAGAAUUAAUGCUUGACUACAGAGAGAUGUAUAAAUACCUGCUUUCUCCUCUAUCAGAAA